AUGAACGCAAUCCAAGGCACUCACCAAGACGGUGAGGGCAGUACUCCAGCUCAGCACGAUCACUAUGGCGCUNUUACAAAUGCUAAUUGUACCUGCAACUUUAGCCAGACUGAGAUCUACAAANAGGGAAUGUAUGAUAAUGUCGUCCCUAGUGUCACUACCAAUCCCAACAAGCUCGAACAACAAGCAAAAGAGAGCAUGACCAGCAGAGGUUACAACUAUGUUGGCGGAGGUGCUGGUGAAGGAGCCACCAUGGACGCAAAUCGCCUGGCCUUCAGGACUUGGAAGAUGGUCCCUCGUAUGCUUCGUGACACAACCCACCGAAGCCUUAAGACAACUGUUCUGGGCAAGGAGUAUCCAACACCUUGUCUUAUAGCUCCCAUUGGUGUCCAGCAAAUCUUUCACGAAGACAAGGAGGUUGGAGUCGCUGAAAUCGCUGCUGAGAUCGGUGUUCCUUACAUCCUUUCAAGUGCAUCAUCAUCCACGAUUGAGGAGGUUGCCGAAGCCAACGGCGAUGGCCACAGAUGGUUCCAGCUCUACUGGCCCCACGACAAAGCCAUCACCGAAAGUAUGCUCAAAAGAGCCAAGGACUCGGGUUAUGAAGUUUUGGUCGUUACUCUCGACACCUGGUCGCUCAGCUGGAGACCGCAGGAUCUUGAUUCGGCCUACGUACCCUUCGUAAGUAAGGCAAGGGUACAAAUAGCAUGUGAACCGACAUCAGAUGGCCCCAAUACCCAUCAGGUGGCCUUUCGACUGCUGUUUGUACCAUUCAGACGCAAGAAACAUGCUAACUGUACCUUCACCUUAAGANUGAAAGGCAUCGGAGACGCCAUUGGAUUCUCUGACCCUGUCUUCCGCAAACAGUUCAAGGAAAAGCACGGUCAGGAGGUCGAAGACAACAUCCACGAUGCCUCAAUAGAGUGGCAAGGCAAGGUAUUCCCCGGUGCCGCUCAUACUUGGGAUGAGGUGCAACACUUGAAGGACAACUGGGAUGGUCCCAUCGUCCUCAAGGGCAUUCAACACGUCGAGGAUGCCAGAAAAGCCGCUGAAGUCGGCGUUCAGGGCAUUGUCGUCAGCAACCACGGAGGCAGACAGUUAGACGUACGUGAAGUUCACCGAGUUUUGAGGAACAGCGCUAAUGAUAUUCUAGNNGGCGCCAUUGGCAGUCUAGAAAUGUUGCCUGAAAUUGUCGAGGCAGUCGGAGACAGGCUCGAUGUCUUGUUCGAUAGCGGUAUCAGAACCGGUGUUGAUAUCAUCAAGGCACUCUCGCUUGGUGCCAAGGGUGUUCUUGUUGGGCGCCCUUGGGUAUACGGCCUCGGCGCUGGUGGCAAAGGAGGUGCUAAGCAAGUCAUGCGUGGCAUUUUGGCAGACCUUGAUCAGAGCAUGGGACUCGCUGGUAUCUCCUCGAUUGCAGAGUGUGACAGAAGCAUGCUGCGUCGUACCUUCUAUCCCGGAGAUAGACACUCUAACAACUAA